UGAUGAUUAUUUUAUACUAAUUUUGUGAAAAUGCUGGCAAUGUGUUUUAAGUGCUCAUGCAUCUGCAACAUUGCUAGUUAGGGUUUUUCUGUGACCGAAUUGAUAACAUAAAUACGUACAAAUUAUUAUUCUUUAAACAUUGAUCGACGCGAUUAAUUUAUUAGUUUUAUUUAUAUCUUGUAGUAUUUCAGUGUAUAUUAUAUUUCCCAUGCGUGUGUUUUAAUUUUAAAGUACUUAAUUAUGGGUAUCUCAAAUAAAUGUAUUGUAAUAUUUUUAGUUAAAUUUGUUUUUGCUGCUAUAAGUGAUGUACCACCUUCAUGGAGUUCUUAUUAUACAUUAGAGGCAGAUAUUUUUAUUCCAUAUGCUGAAGUACAUGAACCCUUUAAAGCAUGGUAUGAUUCUGAAUCGAGCAAUAGUCGGAUUGAUUAUUACAAUGGAAUGGCAAAAACCUAUCAGCUACAAAGAAAAGGAGAUAAUGGUUCAUCUCUUAAAAUUGUUCCUGUUACAACAGAAACUGAAAUAAAUUCUGUAAAAUGUUUACAAGUUAAUGGCUCAAAAGAAAUGCAUAUUACUCCUCAACAAUCUGUCCCUGAUCUAAAAGAUUUUAAGUUAGCUGGAGAAGAAUUAAUUGAUGGUUUUAAAUCUGAAAAAUGGAUGUCUAUUGUAAGAGUUGGAGAUAAAGUUAGCAAGUACAUAAUGUGGUUGUAUAGAAUGGAUAGUGAAGUUUAUCCUUUGCGAUACGAGAUGAAAGGAUUUAAUUCAUUAUUUGGUUCACAUUUUGAUCAUUAUAUAGUAGUUUAUCGUAGUUAUGAUCCUAGCAAACCAGAUCCAAGUAUAUUUAAUGUAGAAGAAAUACAAUGCGAGUCAUUCCCUGGACCUGGUAUUGAUCAUGUAUACACUUUCAAUCCCAUGAAAGAGUUCAUGAACAAUUAUGAUGACCAUGUUGAUAUUGCAUUUGAUAAUUUCAAACAUCACCAUAAGAGAAAUUAUGACAAUUCAACUAAGGAACAUUUCGACCGCAAAAAUUAUUUUCGACAAAACUUACGAUUUAUUCACUCAAAAAAUAGAGCCAAUACAGGGUAUACACUCGCUGUUAAUCAUUUAGCUGAUAAAUCAGAAUUAGAACUCAAAUCAUUAUAUGGUUAUAAAAAGACUAUUUUAGAAAAUAAUGGUGGUAAACAUUUUUCGUAUGAUAUGAAUAAUAUAAAAAAUUUACCUGAUUCAAUUGAUUGGAGAAUACUAGGUGCUGUCAAUCCAGUUAAAGAUCAGUCAGUUUGUGGUUCAUGUUGGAGUUUUGGAACAACUGGUGCCGUUGAAGGUGCAUAUUUCUUAAAGCAUGGACACCGAGCAAGUUUUUCAGAACAAGCCUUGGUUGAUUGUAGUUGGGGAUUUGGUAACAAUGGUUGUGAUGGAGGCGAAGAUUUUAGAGCAUAUCAGUGGAUUGAAAAACAUGGUAUACCUACAGAAGAUGCCUAUGGACCUUACUUAUCACAGGAUGGCUUUUGUCAUGUAAAUAAUUCUUUAUCUGAUGGUUUGACUAAAAUUUCUGGUUUUGUAAAUGUUACACCAAAUGAUGAGGAAGCAUUGAAAAGUGCUUUAGUAAAUCAUGGUCCAAUCUCAAUAGCAAUUUAUGCAUCAUUGAAGUCAUUUAGUUUCUACUCAAAUGGUGUAUAUUAUGAUCCUAAAUGUCUUAAUGAUCCUAAACAAAUGAAUCAUGCAGUUCUACUUGUUGGCUAUGGUGACUUAAAUGGUAGUCCUUAUUGGCUAGUAAAGAACUCUUGGUCAAAUUUCUGGGGUAAUGAUGGAUAUAUCCUUAUGUCACGUAAAGACAAUAAUUGUGGUGUGCUUUCUUCUCCAACAUAUGUUACUAUGUAAAAUCAUAUAUAUAUAUAUAUAUAUUUUUGAAAUUUUAGUUUUUUAAUUUCUUGUAAUAUUGUUUAUAUAUUGUAAUAGUGUGUCUAAAUUUUUAAUAAAGUGAUUUUUCCUUAAAUAAUAAAAUUGUUGUAUUUCUUAAUACAGUGAAACCUCCUUACAACAGAAAAACUGUGGAACAAAAUUUUUUCCGUCAAAAUAAGGUCACCAUUUAGUAGUAGUUAAUUUAAAUCUAUAAAAACCGGAAUUAUAGAAUUUUUCUGUUUAAAAGAGAUUUCCGUUUAAGUGAGAGUCCGUUGUAAGGAGUUUUACUGUAAACACUGUAUCAUAAUCACUUAUUGGUAAAACUAAUGACACAAUUCAAGAUUCAACAUAUUUUUAAUUUUUUUAAAUGAAAAGUGUUACAUUAACAAAGGAAUGUUCAUUAAUUUAGUUUCCCGUACAAUCUUACUAAAUAUUAAUUAAUGUAGAAAUAAUAUAAAAAUGUUAUUUUAUGUUACAACUGUAAAAUUUGUAUAUUUUUAUUUAUCACAGGCUUUGCUAACGGAUAAUAUAAAGUAGCGUUAUUGAAGAA